AUGGGCUUCUCGGGCGAAGAAAGGGGAGAGGAUGUGUUCUUCUAUGACGCUGCUGGGAAAGACGCAAUGUUUCGCCGCGGUAAGAAGCGAGUCAGCAACGACGGAGUGAAGAAAGGAACGAUCAAGACUGCACGGGGCAGUAAGAUCACGAGCACCAGUGGUCCACUCUCUCACCUGAGUACCGCCACCGAGAGCCCAAGCAGCUAUCAAUCUCCUUCUUCCCAAACGCUCCAUCCCUCAUUCGCGCCACCCAGUAACCGAGCGGAGUCUCCAUUGUUUGAACCAGAAGACGGAGAAGCUUCUGACCACGCCUUCCCUGCCCACGGAAGUUACUCCCUUAAUCGUCCGAGAACCCAAGGCCCAUACAACUACAGCGUCAUGGACGGACUCAAGCGCGCAAAAGCCACAAAGGCGGAGAUCGAAACCAACAUCUCCGUACUCAUGCCCCAGGACAAGAAAACCAGCACCCGCCCCAACGUCGAAGAAGACCCCGAAAACAUCCUCAUCAAGACCCUCCGCCAAGACCAAAAGCUCCCCUGGAGCGAAAUCGCCAGCCACCUCAACCAAGAGCGCCUCUCCAAAGGCGAACCAGCAACCUUCACCGACGCCGCUGUCUACAGCCGCUUCGUCCGCAACGCGCUCCGCAUCGCCACCUCCGCCGGCGAAAUCGGUUUCGACCCAAAGGACUACAUGCACCUGCGCAACCCAAACCAGUACUCCAACGCCGAAGGAACAGGUGUUCUUAGCAAGGCGGGCAAGAAGCGCAUCAAGGACUUCAACAACGCGACGGAGCUCAAGGAUAACUUGCGUCAUGCGGUUCCCUCGGAGGUACAUGAGAAUGAUUUGGAGACGCCGCAGAUGACGGAGCAGCUUAUGGAUGCGGUGGCGAAGUGUGAGCGCAACUUUUGGAAGUAUGUCGCGGAUGAGUUGGAGAGGGCGACUGCGAAGAUGUAUGAUGCGGAGAAGCUUUCUGAGCGCUAUCAUGCUAUUUGA